AAGGGGUGAGCGGUCUGUCUACUGUCUGACUCUCUGUCUCUUUUUUUUUUGCUGUUGUUAUCUUUUCUCUCUCCUUCUAAAACUCCUAUAACGCAUAUGUAGAAAAAAGGAAGAAGCAUUAAAUUGCUUUAUACUUUAUUAUUGUUCCCCCUUUCUCUCCUUUCCUUCUUCUUUCUCUUCUUCUCUUCUUUUUGUCCAUGGAUACUUUCAAAAGCCAUGAAACUAUUAAAUCGAACGAACCAUCAGGACUUCCCUCACUCAAUGAUGUACUACACAGAAGAAGCCUACCACCUGUCUGCCUAUAUAAUUACUAUAUCGUCCUACGAGACCGCCUAGAAAUGGAUAUCUUGCUGGAUUUUUGGCUCGAUGUAGCACAGGCGGCACAUUUGUAUAAAAGAUACAUUCGACACCAGGCCAAGCAACUACCUUGUCUGAAUAAACCUCAUCCCUCGGAUCUGACACUAUCCGACGGCAGAACUUCCACCUCCUCCAACUUUCCCGAUCUUCUCACACGCAUGUUACUCAUCCAACCGCGUCCAUCAAUGGCAACGACUGUUCAUUCGGCCACAUCGACACAGAGCAGCAGGAGGCCGACACAGGAAGAAAUGGCAGAGGUCAUUGAACGAAUUUACCUAAGAUACAUUGUACCUAACGCCGAGAAGGAAAUAACCCAGCUUCCGUCAGAGAUCAGGCAGGCCAUCACGCACCAUUUCUCUAAUGACGAUUAUCUACACCAUAAGCGGCUAGGACCCGAGGAUCCCGCUAUCUUUUUACAGGCCAAGCAGUUUGUCUAUCAGCAGCUAGAAACAACUUUCCCUUUGUUUAUAAAGUAUAAAGUAUUCAUGAACCUUACACUUUUUCAGCAAGUGGGCCGUUUAGCACUCGAUGUGUUUCCAUGGCAACAGCGAUUAUGGGGUAUUUUACCGAUAGGAUUAGGUGUAUUUUCGAUUGUUACUUCUGUUAUCGGUAUCGAUCCUAUAUGGGUUUUAUGUUUCAACAUUAGUGAAACAAUGCCUUUCAAAUU